CAUACGACUCCGAGGCCAACAUCGUCAGCACCAACUACUUACAUACAACAGACUAUCUUGAGUUUCAGAAAGAGAUCUGGCGACAGUCUUCAUGAACGACUGAUAGAUAGGUACCAGCCAUUGAGAGAAAGGAAAAUGAAAGUAUAUGAGGCUGACACCAUAGCAGGACAAGCACCCUUGCAAGCGGAGUGGUUCAAGUUUUGGAAUGAAGAGAGUCUUCGUCUUUUGAUCAGGAGCACUCGAAGGCAGAAUAUUGAAGGUAAAUUGAGAUACCAGACGUUAGUAUGGGUACUUUAUUUAAUACACUUUUUAAUUCUGAACAUGGUAUUUUGAGCAUGACAAAUAAUAUUAUAUAUUCCCUACGUUUCAUUAUUUUAUUUAUAUUCAAAAGAAAUAACUGUAGAAGGGUUAUUUAUGUGUCCGUCUUUGACAGGUUGUAUUUUAGUAUGACGAUGUCCGUCCGUCUGUGAACAAUUGCUUGUCAUCUUUCUAGCAGCCAUAUUUAUUAUCAGAUUUUGAUCAAACUUCACAUGCAUGUUCGCCUUGGUCAUAGCUCGGUAGAUAGACGUUAUCGGCCAAAGGUCAAGGUCACAGGUCACUCUUACUAAAAAUAUAACAAAUAAUGGGUAUUUUUUGUCAUCACUCUAAAAGCUAUAUUUUUUAGCAGAUUUUGUUAAAACUUACUACACAUAUUUGUCUUGACCAUAGCUCGGACAAAAUAGAAUUUUAAAUAUUGCUUCUGGCCAAUAUUUUCCUAUAACAUUAUGAAGCAAAGUUGGUUUGACAGGAAGUCAUGUCACUUGACGUUAUGGUCACAGGUCAACAAUUUGUUAAUACGAAAGGGCGUAUUAUGAGGCCUUUAAUUAUUAACCAAACUUGGCACCGAGGUGGAGGUCAAGUGCGCAUGAUUCCAGGAGGUCAAUCUAGUUUUAAUCUGACAAACAUUCAAACUGGACUAGUUUUGGAGUAGAAUCAAUAUUUAUAUUCGACUACUAAACCCUGGGCCGCUUGUUUGAAUACCUGUCUGAUGAAGGACAUGUAAUUUACCAUGUGCGAUACUACUGUUGCCUUUUUGUAAAACUUUCUGUUUCUUCUAUUACAAUGUAAAUAAUGCCAUGUACUUUCAUCUACAUUUCAUUCUCUUUUUAGGUCUUGUAAAGAUGCACUGGAACCUGGACGGCAAGGAGAAGGCGCUGGAUAAAAUAAGUGAUCUGACCACCUCCAAAUAUAAUACACUGGGACUUUUUACAAAAUACCGAAACCAGUGUACUGAAUUGAAAGAUGAAAUUGGUAAAUUAGCAAAACAAAUCUCGAACACAGAGAGUGAGAUAUCAGAAAGAAUAAAAAGAGGAACCAUAUCAAAACUGACAAAGACUCCAAGAGAAAGGAAGUUGAAAAUAACAGAAAAUGAAAACAAUACGAGAACUACAACUUCAGAAAGUUACAAAGAAUUGGGCUACAUACAUUGACAAAGUGUCCAAACAGGGUCCUGAAAAGAAAAAAAGAGGAAGAAAGCCGAAAUUUCUUUCUGCAAGAGCAUUAAAGAAAAAAGUUGACGAUUCAGAUAUUAUGGAAAUAAGUGAAGCAGAACUUUCAGAGACUGAGAAAAAAAGGUGAAGAACGCCGAUAGCGGAAGUUUUUUCUGCGAGCGCCUCAAAAAAGAGGAAAGUCAACGAUUCUGAUAUUAUGGAAACGAGUGGUUCCGAAACAGAUUUUUCAAGUAAUGACCAUUAUUGGCCUGAAAAUGAAUCUGCAUACAUGUAUACCUCUGCCGACAAUGAAAAUCUUACCGGCAAAGAUGGUGAUCCCAAAUCAUCGGACCGCGAGAAUAGUACCGGCAAAGAUGGUGAUUCGGAGUCAUCGGACAGCGAGGAUAGUACCGGCAAAGAUGGUGAUUCCGAGUCAUCGGACAGUGAGGAUAGUACCGGCAAAGAUGGUGAUUCCGAGUCAUCGGACAGUGAGGAUAGUACCGGCAAAGAUGGUCUGAAUAUCUGAAAUAUGCUUCUUCGACAAGAGACAAGGAAAUGCUUAAAUCUCUACUAGUGAAGCUAACAUCUGUUAACUAUGUGUCCGGUGGACAUUUUGGAGUGAAGUUUGAUAAGAAAAGCUUAAAACAUGCCAAAGAAAAAGUGACAGUGAAUACUUCAAAGAUGACAAGAAACGAGGAGCUGGACUCGUUUAGAAUCCCAGGAUCAGGAAGACCUGAAUUUUGUGUCAAGUAUCCAAACUUAACGUGUAUACUACUAGGGUUAUUCGAGAGAUGCAGCGAGCUGAGGUCCCAUCCACGUCUAAUAUGCGACACCUUGUUCAAAGAAAACUCGUGAAUGGACAUUCCAAAAGCUGUAUCAGUAUUGCAGCAACUGUAUGACAUUCCAAUUAGCGUUUCGACUGCCUAUACGUAUAGAAAAAGUUAUAAGGAACGUACACAUCAAGCAAAGAGACACACCCAUAGUCAAAUUGUAGACAUUUCAUUACACAAGUCGACAAGGGAUGCAAAUGUACAUGUUUCGAUAAAUUCCCACUUUGCAACAGCAGACGUUCAGUACUUUUUAUCGUACUUUGAUCUUCAGUGUAUGUCCACCAUUGCCCGCGAUAAUAAAGCAAAGGUCCACUGCGAUGUAGAGGUCAUCCAGCGGCCUUCAAAGUCCUGGGUCAAAGUUCGGUACAGUGAUCAUGAUUGGCAAAAAAACAGUGAUAGAACUCUUGUACCUACAACUUAUCAACUUGUUAGUAUGACAGAUCUCAGUAAAGAGGAAAAUGUGCUUUGUGAACUCGACGGAAUACCGAUGGUAAAAACGAGAGUAACUGGACCUGGACUAAGCAUCAUCAAGUCAUCUUUAUUUGAACAAGAAUCGUGCUUCAGGCACAUGAACGAACUACUGUUUGUUUUAAGUCUUGAGGAAUUUAAGUACCAUUUUAUGAGAGAUGGAGAGUUUGUGUCGCAGUUACUAAUAACGGUUGAUGGAGGUGGAGACGAACGCCCCAGGAAUAAACAAACACAUUUUAACACGGGAAUCCUUCGAUGGCUUCUUGACAUGGACAAAGUGAAGACAAUUUCUUUUGCCGAAGGCGAUUCAAAGUUGCACAGUGUAGAAAGAGUUCAUCUUGCAGAAAACAGAGCUUUAAGUCAAAACGGCGUGAUAUCUUCGUAUAAUAUUCACUCUGAUGAAACUGAUGAAUAUGGAUUUAAAGAUCUUGGUAAAAUGAAGGAAAAUAUGGAGGCUGCGGCAUCUUUAGCUGUUCAACGCAUAAAAGGCACUUCUUUUGCUGGUGGUCAUUUACAAUCAUACCGUGGUCCUUCUGUCGACGAAUGGGUAUUUCCUUUAGAUUGUGAUGGUCACAUCCGUUCUUUUUUGUCGAGAGACACUAAUGAAUUCAGAAAUGAGAACAACUUUGUACUUCGACCUCGCGGACCAAUAUGGGAGAAGCUAUGUACACUUUAUGGGUUGGAUGAGUUUAAAGUUAUCUCUGCCUCGAGACUGUUUAACCAAAUUUAUGAACCAAACCAUUCUUGGCAACAAAAGUACGGAUUUACUGUCUACAGACCGGACGAGGAUUGGCGUGGUGACGCACAAGUUCGAAGGUUCGAAAUUCAAACUAUUCUGGAUGUUGGACGAUUGCCCGAGUAUCAUUAUCUUCCUUACGUACAAGUGGAAAAACUUGUGAGUUUCUUCUAAGAAAACGAUGAAGAACUGCCCCACUGUUUAAAAUCACCAGGCUUUUACCUACCGUCAAGAAACAUUAAAUUAUUACUGGAGAACGAAAAGGACAUUUUCGAUUCUUCUCAGUUGUCCGACAUCUGCAACCUCAUUGGUGUCUCAAAGGAUGAGUUUUUAAACUAAGUAGAGACAUGUGAACAGCGCUUAACUCUUUCCGUACCGCAACUCCGGUCCGAAUUCCGUACCAGAUCUUCUUUUUAGACUCGACCCCGCGCAUAUAACAAAAUGGCCGAUUAUUAAUGUUCUUUUUAGACUAGGUGUAGCUGCCACAAGAAUUAAACAGGUAACCGUGAACAAAUAUUGUUAUUGUUUCAUGUUCUGGUUCAUAGACAAACACUUAUUCAUUUUCGCAGCAUAAUGACUAACUGGCAGCUAAUAAUGACCGAGAAAUCGACAUUUGUCUGGCAAUAAACGAUACGAUUCCUUGUAUUUAACACAGCGUUGUAGUGCCAGUUUGAAGUGGGGAUUAAUUAUGGUUACGAAUGUGGAGUCGUUGAAUUUUUUUCUAAAUACAAGAAGAUUUCAUCAAGACUUAUAUUAGAAUAUUCAAAUUUACUUCCAUAAGUCUCAA